AUGACUACCGCCUUGAGGACACCUCUGAAACAUCUGAUGCUCCUGAUCGUCAUCAUCUGGCUGUCACCGGUCAGGAGCUGGAUAGUCCCACAGCUGAGAGAAAACAUAUGGGUCACGCUGGCGAAGUCCUUGAAGCAGGACAACUUCUGUAUGGCCAUGGGAAGUGUGGACAAUCCGUUAUCCACGUGCCUGGUAGGAGUCCCCCUGUCGCCAAACGACUAUCCAUAUGCAGGAAAAAAACCUAAUCCUGUGGACACCUGGGAUGAGUGGACGAGGAUUCUGCCAUAUGCACCACAGGAGCCCCAAGAAUUGGACCUAUUGGGCUCCUCUCAGGCAACAUAUUGUGUCAGGUUUAGGUACCAGCCCUCCCAGAAAGACUGGGAUCAAAUGGCUAAACUCCACCCCGCUGGUACCCAAGAAGUAAAAAGACACGAUGUAUCUCCCCACGAUGGGAGAUACCAUGCAGCAAAUUGGUGCAAUUACACCUCGACCAUGGUAUCUAGGUCCUCCUCAGUUCUCAGGGUGCUCCCCAGGGGGGUUUUUCUCAUCUGCGGCGACAGGGUGUGGGCAGGGAUUCCCUCCCAAAUCCAGGGAGGCCCCUGCAGCCUUGGGCAGCUUACCACACUGACACCGAACAAAACCCAAAUUUUAAAUUGGAAAAACGAAAAUAAAUUGGCUCGCAAAAAGAGAUCCUAUAACCAAUUCGAGGAAAAUUGUGAUUCAAAAAUUUACAAUUGGGGAAAGACGAAGAGAGUCACGGUAUCCAUAUUUUUACCAUGGUAUGCCACAGCAAAGGCCCUCGGUGAGCUUUCUCACCUCGAGUGUUGGCUCAGUAAGCAGGCCAACGCCACGUCCGCUGCCCUUUCCGACUUGCUAGCGGACGAAGAAGUCACCCGGCACGCCACACUGCAAAAUAGGGCUGCUAUUGACUUCUUACUGCUCGCCCAUGGCCACGGCUGUGAGGACUUUGAAGGAAUGUGCUGCUUCAAUCUGGCAUCAAAGAGCACAUCCAUCCAAGCUAAUAUCCAGCGGAUCCGAGAGCAAGUUGACGACCUCAAGACUGAGACCUCGACUGUAGAUCCUGUGAAUAAACUGCUGUCUCAAUGGGGUGUCCCAGGGUGGGUUGCUGUCAUCCUCAGGGGACUCUUUUGGAUCUUUCUGAUAAUGUUCAUGAUCUCGGUUGCUUUAUUUUUGUUUAGACGUAUGAGGAGGGGUUGGGGAAGGCAGUCUAGGGUUGCCAUGGGAAACAGCAGUUGUUGUUGAACAGAGUUCUCCACCCCCUUUUGUAAGAGAAUUGUACCCUCCCCCUGUCCUGUCAGUUAUUGUUCAAGUCUGCCCCUUAGCCUAGAAUCUUCUCUGUUCCACGUUUUCCCUUUGGUUCUUCCACCAAGAACACUCCUUUCCCUUUUCCCCACUGGUUAAUGUUGUAUUUCCCCUCCCUUUAGCCUUCUCCAGAUUGUACCCUCGAAUGCUAAACCCUCCUACCCCUACGCAGUAAAAGAAUCCUCACCCCGCCCUUCGGGGCUCUCGGAAUCUGCCUCCCUUCUGCUUCGUUGUCUCCCGUUUGCCCCUUCUGCGACCCUUCAAUAAACGAGCAGGAUUUCAGCAACCCGAGUGUCCCUCCCGUUCUUCUGGUGGACCCUCAGAUGUACCAGCUAUCCGAGCUUCGUGCCGAGUGCCUAAAAGCCCCCACGGCUCGGCAACUGGGAGAUCCUUUGCAUUACAGGGCGAAUAAAGGGGGGAUGAAUGUGUGUGAAUGAGAG